CGCCUCUACCGCGGUGGCUUGUGGGUGUGUACUCGGUGGGCCGGGGGAUGAAGGCCGCUCAGCAGCUGAUGAAGGUGUUCGUGACUCGCCGGAUUCCUAAGGACGGUUUGCAGGCUCUGUCCGAGUCCGGGAUUUGCAACAUUCAACAAUGGGACUCUGAUGAGCCAGUUCCAAAGGAAGAGUUGCUGAAGGGGGUUAUAGGAGCACAUGGCCUUUACUGUAUGUUGUCGGACAAAAUCGAUCAUGAGGUUUUACAAGCAGCAGGUCCAAAUUUGAAAGUCAUCAGCACAUUGUCUGUUGGAUUUGACCAUCUCUCUAUAGAUGAAAUUAAAAAGCGGGGAAUCAGAGUGGGCUACACCCCUGACGUCCUGACCGAUGCCACUGCUGAACUCACCGUGGCUUUGCUCCUGGCAACAUCUCGUCGUCUGAUGGAGGCAACAGAGGAAGUGAAGAAUGGUGGAUGGACAACUUGGAAACCCCUUUGGAUGUGUGGUUAUGGACUGUCCGGCAGCACUGUGGGAAUUGUGGGCUUAGGAAGAAUAGGCCUUGCAAUUGCACAGCGUCUGAAGCCAUUUGGAGUGAAAAAAUUCGUCUACACUGGACGUCAGCCUCGGCCUGAAGCUGCUGCCCAGAUUCAGGGUGAAUAUGUACCCCUGAAUAAGUUAGCUGAAGAAUCUGACUUCGUCGUCAUAUCGUGUUCCUUCAGUCCCGAAACAAAGGAUAUGUGUAAUGCUGACCUGUUUUCCAAAAUGAAGAAGACAGCAAUUUUUAUCAAUACAAGCAGAGGAGCUGUAGUGAACCAGGAUGAUCUUUAUCAAGCUCUCUCUGCUGGUCAGAUUGCUGCAGCAGGACUAGAUGUCACCGUUCCUGAGCCGUUACCCACUGAUCACCCUCUGCUGUCAUUGAAAAACUGUGUUAUACUGCCUCAUAUUGGAAGUGCCACUUAUGCGACCAGAAACACCAUGUCUGUCCUAACAGCUAACAACCUCCUGGCAGGACUCAAAGGAGAGCAAAUGCCAAGUGAACUCAAACUCUAACUGGAUUCAUAUUGUCUAAUGUUUGCACAUUUACUUGAUUCUUCUCUCAGUAAAGGAUGAUAAAGUUAAGUGAAUUUCUUGCAGAAGUAUUGUUCAGACAGUGGUUUUUAAGAGGGAUAAACUUGGAAGUUGGCCUCAAGUUGAAGAGUGAAAUGGGUGUGUUUUAUGAACAAUUUCCCUCGAAGAGAGAAUCAUUCUGUUUACUAUCCAUGGCAACUAUUAAUUACACGUCAUACAGUGUAUAUGAAGUGACUAACUUAUUCAUCUGGUUAUGCACAAUGUAUUGGAAGGAUUGAAAGGGUAUGAUGUAUCUUAUGACCUUCAGUUUGAUGAAUUGUGCAUUAUGCAAAUUAUUUAUGCCAUAUAAUUUAAUCAUUCACCAUGCUAUUCUGUUUUUGGUAAAUAGUUGAUGUUCUCUUCCAAACAACUCUAUCCAAUAUCUUUCUGUAAUUGCAAAUUAGAGGAUAUAUAGAUUAAAUUAGAGGAGAAAUGUGAAAGUAUUGACUAUCAUAUCUACCAUUUAGAUUGCAGCCCUGUGACCAUGGUAUUUAGUGUAGCAAGCCAGGCAGCAUCUGAGGAGCAGGAGAAUCGACAUUUCGGGCAUAAGCCCUUCUUCGGCUUAUGACCAAAACGUCGAUUCUCCUGCUCCUCGGAUGCUGCCUGGCUUGCUGCGUUUUUCCAGCACCACACUUUUCACCUCUGGUCUCCAGCAUCUGCGGUCCUCACUUUCUCCUACCAUGGUAUUUAGCCCAGUUAAUGCAUGGACACCCUUUCUAUGUCAUCUAAAUUUCAUAGACCUAACCUGAUCUUUAACUUUUGACAGUAUGGUCUGCUGAUAGUCACUGUUUUUUGAUUACUCUCCAGUCUUGAAUUUUGCAAUUUUUGUUUGAAAGUUUCUAUUUACUUUGAGUUCUCUUUUACAAUUUGGCCAUAUCUUCGCAACAGUUGGAACCUCUCAUUAUUCGUAAGUUUUUAAAGAGCUUAAUUUGUGCAUGGAAGACAAAUUUGCUUCCGUGUCUUGAAUGAAUUAAGGUCAGAAAAUUUUUUUGAAAAGACUGUACGAACACUCCUAUCAACAUUUAUUUCUUAGCAAACAUUUGUACUAUAAGCAGAGUCUAAAAACAUUAAAAAGUUGAAUCUGAAA